GAGAGAUUGCAACAUACUGGUCCAAUCACUGAGAGAUUUAUUUUCUUACUCAAAUGAAACCAGUCCUGAUUCUUGCCUUGCAGAUGAACUAGGAUCUGGACACUGCUGAAGAAAUUUCUGAGAGGAUUGUCCAUAAUUUUAGAGAUAAUGAGUGAAUAUAAGAAAAUAAUUCUUCUAAAGGGAUUGGAGCGUAUGGAAGACUACCACUUUAGGGUAAUCAAGUCCAUACUAAGAAGCAAACUAAAUCUAUCUAAAAAGAUGCAAGAUGAUUAUGACAGAAUUCAGAUUGCUGACUGGAUGGAGGAUACGUUCCCAAAAGAUGCAGGACUGGACACACUGAUAGAUGUGUGCCAAAGCAUCAAAGAACUGGAAGGCCUUGCCAAAACCCUUGAAGCAGAGAAGGCAAAAGUUCAGAAGCAAAAGAAAGGAAAAAAUAAAACUGCAUUGGGAAGAAGAAAGCAAGAUGAACCCAGUAGUUCCCAAUCUCUUUCCACCGGUAAUGAAUCAAACAAGAAAAAAAGAAAGAUGCCCACAAAAACCGAAGGUAGCAAGAAAAGGAAACUUACACAGGAGCAGACUCAGCUUCCAGAACCUUCAGUAAGAAACACACAGAAAGAUGAAGGUUGUCUCCAGACCUCUCAUAAGCCUCCACCGACACCAUUGUGCAGUUCCUCCAACAAGACACCAAGGACGGGAAACAUACCAAAGGAACCUGUUAAGGAAGAAGGUUACCAUCGAGAACCCAAAGAAGUGAUGGUUUUGAAAGUAACAGAACCAUUUACUUAUGAUUUGAUUGAUGACAAAAGGAUGUUCCAUGCCACAGUGGCGACUGAGAAUGAAUUCUUCAGAGUGAAGAUUUUUGACCCAGUGCUAAGGAAUAAGUUCAUUCCAAAUAAGAUUAUUGCCAUAUCAAAUUAUUUUGGCUUAAAUGGCUUUCUGGAAAUACACCAAGCUUCCUGUGUGUCUGAUGUAGACAAGAAGAGAACGAUGGCUAUCUCAAAUACACUGAGGCAAAGAGCCAAUACGACUCCUAAAAUUAGGGAUCUUUUCUCACAGGCACAGGGGACAUAUGUGAAUGGAGAGUUUGUGGUCUAUAAGAAAACUGAGAGGAAUCCCUUCAUUUACUAUGGAAUUGAAGAUGAUACAGGGAAAAUGGAAGUGGUGGUCCAUGGAAGACUGACCAAUAUAAAGUGUGAGCCAGGCCAAAAACUUCGACUCAUCUGUUUUGAAUUGUCCUCAAGCAAAGAUACAUGGCAGCUGAAGUCUGUAAGACACAGUAACAUGCAGGUUGUCAAUGUCAGAAAGAAAGUCCCUCAAGCCUGAUUCAGAUCUGAAAACCUGGAUGCCAAGGAUACUGUUUAUGGAGAUAAGAUCCAAGUCCAGAAAAUAAAUGUAUAUAUGAACUGUUGCAAUACUAUAUCUAUGAAAGCCAGCUCCUUUUUAUGGUUUUCCAAGAUAGGAUUUCUCUGUUUAGCCAUUGUUGUCCUGAAAAUCACUUUGUAGACCAGGCUGGCCUUGAACUCAGAGAUCUACCUGCCUCAGCCUUCUGAGUGCUGGGAUUAAAGGUCUGUGCCACCACCAUCAGACCUGUUCUUAAUUCUAGGAAAUGGUACUUUCUUAUAUUCUUUAUAAACUUUUGUAUGAUCUAAGUUCCAUAUUUUUAUCAAUAACUUUUAUACUUGUUAAUCUGUAAGUUUUACAAAUAAAACUUAAAUAUAAACCACAUUUACAAU